AUGGAGAUGUUACCACCACCAAGCAUGAACCUGCCAGAAGAAAUCCAGCAUCCAUACACUAAGUUUUCAGAAUGGAAAUUUAAGCUGUUUAAAGUAAGAUCAUUUGAAAAGAUACCUCCUGGGGAUAGCCAAGUGGUAAAUAAAGAUAAAGCAGAAGAGGCAGCCUCUUUGGACAAAGGCAAUGUGGUACAUAUGGAUGCAGUAAUCCCAGUGAUGGAUAAACAGGUUGUGCUACAAGCAGAAUUAAAGGUCACUAAGCAGACACUUGAAAAAGAUGCCAACAAUCUGAAGAUGCACGAUAAUGCAACUCAUCAAGCAAAUCUGGAGGAACUUUGCCGCAUUUGUGGAGUUUCAUUCAAAACUGACCGCUACAGAAGAAGUUAUCCAGUACAUGGACCGGUGGACAAUGAAACUCAGGGGCUUUUGAGAAAGAAAGAGAAAAAAGCAACAUCUUGGCCAGAUCUUAUUGCCAAGAUCUUUAAGAUUGAUGUGCGAGGAGAUAUUGACACAAUUCAUCCUACUCAAUUUUGUCACAAUUGCUGGAGUAUCAUUCAGAGAAAGUUCAGCAGUUCCCCAUAUGAAGUGUAUUUCCCGAGGAACAGUGCCAUGGAAUGGCAACCUCACUCCCCAAAUUGUGAUGUUUGUCACACUAGCUGUCGGGGGAUCAAGAGAAAGAAGCAGCCGCCCAACUUACAGCUUGCAAAACGACUGAAGAUCAUUGCAGAACGUGCUCGAAAAAACAGGUGUGUAAAGAACCAAGGAAAGCUAAACAACAAGAACCUCAUGAAAAAGAUUACCAACUGCAAGAAGAUACAUCUUAGCACAAAGCUUCUUGCAGUUGACUAUCCAGUAGAUUUUGUUAAGGCUAUCUCUUGUCAGAUCUGUGAGCAUAUUUUGUCAGAUCCAGUGGAAACAACGUGUAGGCACUUAUUCUGCAGAACCUGCAUCCUUAAAUGUCUCAAAGUUAUGGGCAGUUAUUGCCCCUCCUGCCUAUACCCUUGCUUCCCUACUGACUUAGUGACCCCAGUGAAAUCCUUCCUAAACAUCCUUGACUCUCUGACUUUGAGAUGCCCAGUGAAAGAAUGCGAUGAGAAAGAGAUUUAUACACACAUAAAUAAAGGGGGGCGACCAAGACAACACCUUCUGUCCUUGACCAGAAGAGCUCAAAAACAUCGUUUGAGAGAACUCAAGCUUCAGGUCAAAACGUUUGCUGAGAAAGAAGAAGGGGGAGAUAUAAAGGCUGUUUGCAUGACUUUGUUUUUGUUGGCUCUCAGAGCAAAAAAUGAACACCGGCAAGCAGAUGAGCUGGAAGCUAUAAUGCAAGGGAGGGGCUCAGGGCUUCACCCAGCUGUUUGUUUGGCAAUUCGAGUCAAUACAUUUCUCAGCUGUAGUCAGUACCAUAAAAUGUACAGAACUGUAAAAGCUGUCACCGGGAGGCAGAUCUUCCAGCCAUUGCAUGCUCUUCGCACUGCUGAGAAAGCCCUGCUCCCAGGUUAUCAUCCAUUUGAGUGGAAGCCUCCUUUGAAAAAUGUGUCUGCUAAUACAGAAGUGGGAAUUAUAGAUGGGCUUUCAGGCCUGCCACACACAGUUGAUGACUACCCAAUUGACACAAUUGCAAAGAGGUUUCGAUAUGAUGCAGCCUUGGUUUCUGCCUUAAUGGAUAUGGAAGAAGACAUCUUGGAAGGCAUGAAAGCACAUGACCUGGAUGACUAUUUGAAUGGUCCUUUCACUGUGGUGGUGAAAGAGUCUUGUGAUGGGAUGGGAGAUGUCAGUGAGAAGCAUGGAUGUGGACCAGCAGUCCCAGAAAAGGCAGUUCGCUUUUCUUUCACCGUCAUGACCAUCACUAUAACUCACGGCAAUACAAAUGUAAGGAUCUUUGAAGAAGUCAAGCCCAAUUCAGAGCUAUGUUGCAAGCCAUUGUGUCUUAUGUUGGCUGAUGAGUCAGACCAUGAGACUCUGACAGCCAUCCUGAGCCCUCUCAUAGCAGAAAGAGAGGCCAUGAAAAACAGUGUACUACUUCUUGAAAUGGAAGGCAUCCUCAGAACAUUCAAAUUCAUCUUUAGGGGUACAGGGUAUGAUGAGAAACUUGUGCGUGAGGUGGAAGGCCUUGAAGCCUCUGGCUCCACUUACAUUUGUACCCUCUGUGAUGCAACCCGCCUGGAAGCCUCUCAGAAUUUGGUCCUCCACUCCAUAACAAGGAGUCACACUGAAAAUCUAGAGCGAUAUGAGGUGUGGAGGUCCAACCCAUACCAUGAAUCAGUUGAUGAGCUCCGUGACAGAGUGAAGGGUGUUUCUGCAAAACCAUUUAUUGAGACUGUUCCCUCUAUAGAUGCGUUGCACUGUGACAUUGGCAAUGCAGCUGAGUUUUACAAGAUAUUCCAAUUUGAGAUAGGUGAGGUCUACAAGAACCCUGAUGCAUCUAAAGAAGAGAGGAAGAGGUGGCAAUCAGCUCUUGACAAGCACCUGAGGAAGAAGAUGAACCUGAAACCAAUAAUGAGGAUGAAUGGAAACUUUGCUAGAAAGCUGAUGACUAAAGAGACAGUGGAAGCAGUUUGUGAAUUAAUAAAGUGCGAGGAAAGGCAUGAAGCCCUCAAAGAAUUGAUGGAUCUCUACCUGAAGAUGAAACCAGUGUGGAGAUCUUCAUGUCCUGCCAAGGAGUGCCCAGAACUGUUGUGCCAGUACAGUUUCAACUCACAACGAUUUGCUGAGCUCCUAUCCACAAAGUUCAAGUAUAGAUAUGAGGGCAAAAUUACAAAUUACUUUCAUAAAACUCUUGCUCAUGUUCCUGAAAUCAUAGAAAGAGAUGGGUCCAUUGGUGCCUGGGCAAGUGAAGGAAAUGAAUCUGGGAACAAAUUGUUUAGACGUUUUCGAAAAAUGAAUGCCAGGCAGUCAAAAUGCUAUGAAAUGGAGGAUGUCCUGAAGCACCAUUGGCUGUAUACAUCUAAGUAUCUGCAGAAGUUCAUGAAUGCUCAUAAAACAUUGAAAAGCCAGGGCUUCACAGUUGAUCCAGAAUACAGUUUAGAAGACUCCCUGAAAUUGGAAGACUCUUUGGAAACCAAUAAUUCUAUGGAAUUCUAA